UCUUGUUCCGGGGCAAAUAAAGCUUCUGAGAAGCUGAAACUGCCUCAUUUCUCAGAGGACACACUUCUCUGGAGGCUGAGCUUGUAGAGCUGAGAAGGCCGACUUUGAGAUGGCUCAUGUUGAGAACAAGCAAAAGGAGCAAGAACAAGGAGCUGAGAAAACAGGCCUCGUAAGGAGGCUGGAGAAAGAUCCCCAAUUCGAUAAAGGAGCUAUGAAUGCCAGGAGGUUGAAUGACGGCUUCCAGAACCUCCUAACCUGCCCAGUCUGCAGCAAUUGUUUCCAUGAUCCCGUCACCGUGUUCUCCGGAAACACCAUCUGUAGAAACUGCGUGCCGCAUGGAUUCCCAAAUGCGUGCGUCAACUGGCGGAUGAAGAGCGUGGUGAAUCUGUUCCACUUGCUGAAACCAAGGCUAGCAGAGCUCCCGGUGGUCUCGGAGCCGCGCUGCCCUGAGCACGGUGAGCCCUUCACCCUCUUGUGUCUGGAAGACAAUCAAAGAAUCUGCCAAGUCUGCAAGUUCAGCAGCCUUCACCGCUCCCACACCCUGAGCCAAAUACUAGAGCCUGACCAGUGAAGGGAGGUCAGACAGCCAAGUCAGCUUUCAGGGAGGGGUAAAUCAGCUGGAGGAACCUACGCGGUGGCUCACGGGAGCACGGGCUCUGGGGCUCCCUGGAUGAAGGGAUCUCCUCAUUGUGCCCCACUCGGGAGCCCGGGCUGUUCUUGGGGCACACGGGGCAUUCAUCUCUCUCCCAGCUACUGGGCAUCCUCUCUGAGCUGCACCUGGCAGGCCCCUCUCUGGGAAGGCUUCCUGAAAUUUCCUCCCUCUCUCCUACAUCCCUUCAGUUACCUGAGUCAAUAUUGGAUCACCCCAAAACCAACCCCCGCGAGGGCAGCAGCUCUGCAGGAACCUGCACCCUCACGACCCCAGCCCGGGGUUUCCUUUUUUAGAGACUGCGCAUUUGAAUCCAGGGGGUUUUUGUCCCCCAAGUUUCCUCUGAAGAAGAGAGUACGAUCUUUUUCCAGUUGUGGGUGGGGAGAACAUGGACGCCCACCCUUCCGUGGUCCCCUCCAUCGGCCGCCUUCCUGGAAAACAAAACCCACUUGACUGGACGCUGUCACAAGGAACAUAGAAUGCGCAUUGGAAGAAAUCCCCAAACGGUUGCCACUGACCAAGUCUGAAAUCCUGCUACCCGACUGCCACCUGCUGGCCGCUCUGGUUACUGCCUUGAAAACGUGCUCAUUUUAUAAAGUUUCUUCUCUGACCUAUUGGGCGCUGAGCCGGGUAGUUCCAGCCAGAUGGCCAUGAAUGCCUCCGAUAAGGAAGUAGGGCAUUAAGCGGGAGGGCAAGGACUUGGCUGGUAGGGACCGGGGGUGAUCGCACAGAGCAUCCGGGAAGCUGGAGUCGGUGCCUUUGUCGGGGGCAAAUUAGACCCUCCUGCUGUCCCCUCUGGAACCUAGAACCCUGCUUUCCCAAGGACUAUUGGCUUUUUCCAAACAACUUGCACGCCCUGCUUUCUUCUGUGCCCUAGACCCCAGCUUCUUAAAUUGAGGGUCCCAGCCCCAAAUAGGGCCUUGUAACUGAAUGGGGUGGGGUGGGUUUUUUUUGGGGGGGGGUUGUUGUUUUUUAGCAAAAUUAUGAUUUGUUUUCAGCAAAUGUUUGGUUUCCAUUUGUAUUUUAUUCACCUGGAGUCACGCAAACAUUUCUCAGGGGAAAGAGAAUGGAGAAAGUUGAAGAAGUCUGGCUCUGGAACGUUUGGAUUGUUCUUUGAAUUCUCCUGAAAUGAAGAAAAGUUUAUCUCUCGGCAGCUUCCGUCUGUGGUUGCCACCUGUGCGCUCUGAGCGCGCGCUGCCCGACCUUCUUCCUCACGAGGCCUUCCCGGGACUGGAAGACGUGAAUCGCGUCCUCCUGCGUCUGGAGACCACGCAGCCGCUUCCCUUCACCGUUCUUCAGAGGACGUCAGCCCGAUGGCCUUUCCCAUCAUUUCCUCUCGCUGGACAUCCUGGGACUGACGGAUGUCCUCCCUUAUUUGUGGAAGUUCUAGAUCAGAAGACUGGACUUUCCAGUAGCUCGUGCUCAAACCUGACGCUUGCGUAGACUCUGCUCUUUGAUGGAACUUUUCAGGUUUCCCCCUGAUUUUCUUCUCCCUAAAAGCUGCCUUUGCCCGGUCUCAAAGCUGGAUUUGAAGACAAACACAUCUUUCUUUUUUUCCUGAGAAGCCGGUUGUUGAUAAAAAUUAAUUUAUAUUUUAAAUAUUUAAAUAAAUUAAAUCUCUAAUUUA